GUAUGUGAGGCAAGCACUCUACCACUGGGCCAUAAUCCCUCAUAAUCCUUUAAUCCACUGCAUGUGUCCAGUUGGCUUCCCCAGUGUACCCCCUCCAUAUCUCCCUGUGUAGCAGGAAGGACACAGCAUGCUUUGAGGAAAGGUAGGUCUCCUUCAUAUAGUGGAAAAUAGAGAAGGCUCCCAACAGAUGUACAUAUGAAGCAGAGAUCUGAAGGAGCAACGUUCUGCUUGAUAGGAAGGGAACAUGGAGAGCAAUUCAGGCAAGAGGAAAACAGAUGAGAAAAAAAAGUCUUAGGGCAAUACAAUACCUCUUCCUUUCUUCCAUGCUGUCCUGGCCUUCUAUUUUGGGGGAAGUCAGAAAGCCAGGCUGGACUAUUUCCUUUUGAUUAAGGUUAGGAGACAUAGCAAGGAACCCUAUGUUUCCUAAGUCUUUAUUAUCUGUGCUAGGUGGUAGAUACCCAAUGGGCAUGAGAUUCUGUGUGUGAUAUGCUGGAAAGGGGUUCUCAAAUUUGAAAAGGGAGUCAGAGGCUCUUCUUCAAAUUAGCUACAUUGCAAGUAAUCCUCAAUAGUUGAGAACCCUGACAUCCUCCUGCCUUCUGCUGUGCUUCUCCCUCAUUGUGAAGUCCUCAGGAAGCCAAGAAAGUCAGGAUGACGUCAUAGACACCAGCAUGCUCCCCUUCCGCUCUGCCCACAGGGAAGUUAGCUGGGCCUUUCCUUCCUGUACCCUUCCACCCCAAGUAGCCCUUCCAGGCUACUACUUACACACAUGGAGGUCAAAGGUCCCGGGGCCCUGGAGCCCCAGCCCUCUUCAGAGCAUUCUAGACCUGAUCUGAGCCCCAGCUCGAGCCUGGAUAACAAGAAUUCCUCCAGCACAGUGGUCAACAACCUGCCAGCAAAUAACGGAGCGGUGGUCAUUGACACGGGUACCAGUACCUGUAAGGUGGGCUUCGCUGGGCAUCCCAAACCCAUCUACACCGUGGCCACCAUCAUGGGCUGUCAACCUAAGAAACAGGCCACCACAGGGCACACAGAGCUGGAAACGUUUAUUGGAGAGGUAGCCCGCUUAAACCCAGAGCUGAGGCUAGUGCAGCCCAUUCGCAGUGGCAUCGUGGUGGACUGGGAGGCUGCCGAGCUCAUCUGGCGCCAUGUACUGGAGCAUGACCUCCAAGUGUGUCCCCAGGACCACCCACUGCUGUUCUCUGACCCACCCUUCAGCCCUGCCACCAAUCGCGAGAAGCUAGUGGAGGUGGCCUUCGAGUCCCUGCAAUCACCCCGCAUGUACGUGGCAUCCCAGUCAGUCUUGUCCGUCUAUGCCCACGGGAAAAUCAGUGGGCUCGUAGUGGACACCGGCCAUGGGGUCAGCUACACAGUGCCUGUCUUUCAGGGCUACAACCUGCCCAAUGCCAUCGAGCGCCUGGACCUGGCUGGCAACCACUUGACGGCCUUCCUGGCCGAGAUGCUUCUGGGCUCUGGCUUCCAACUGCGGCAACAGGACCUGGACACAGUGGAAAACAUCAAGCACCAGUACUGCUAUGUGGCCUCGGAUUUCAAGAAGCAGAAGGAGUCGGAUCAGGACUGCAAGAAAUCUCUGAAGCUUCCUGAUGGGAGAACUGUCACCCUGGGCAAGGAGCUGUUCCAGUGCCCAGAGCUGCUAUUCCAUCCUCCAGAGAUCCCAGGGCUGUCGCCUGUGGGUCUCCCAUCCAUGGCCAAACAGAGCCUCCUCAAGGUGCCCGAGGUUCUGCAAGAAGACAUUGGCCGCAAUGUGCUCCUAUGCGGAGGCUCUUCGCUCUUUGCUGGGUUCGAGGAUCGUUUCCGGGCGGAGCUGCUGCAGGCUCUGCCCCCAGAGCAACAGGUAGUGGUGCUAGCCCAGCCCAAUAGAAAUUUCUCUGUGUGGAUUGGAGGCUCCAUCCUGGCCUCGCUGCGUUCCUUCCAGUCCUGCUGGAUUCUACGCGAGCAGUAUGAGGAACAGGGUCCCCACAUUGUGUAUCGCAAAUGCUACUGAGCCGACGCAGGGGUUGGAAGCGUGUGGGGUAGUAAAGCCUAGUCAAAGAAAAUGCCUAGUGUGGGAGUGAUCAUGUCACAGGACGAAAUGUGAGAUGCCAUGUGCACCUUGGUCCUAUGUGCCAGUCUACUAAAUUCACUGAACUAUAUUACACUGUGCCUAACAUGAGUUGGGUCAAAAAUGGAAUGAUCAAUAAUACAUGGGACCUUGCUUUAAAAUUCCCAUUCAUUCUUGCUGUGGAAGACAGAUAUGCAAAUGGGGUAGUCUGAGAGGUCGUGUUUCCAUACAUUGUGCAAAGACACACACACACCAUAUCUAUCCAUACAUCUCAAUCUAGUCUAAUCUGAAUAUCAUCAAAUAUGAAAUUUUAAUUUCUGCCUUUACUUAUAUUCAGAGUGGUCUAGAGUAGAUGCUGUAACAAGUGUCUCAUUUCUUUUUAAAAUUGUUUUAUUAUAAGUUGUUUUACAAAGGGGCUACAAUUCCCUAAGUCAGUUUACGAAUGCAAUGUAUCUUGGACAAAGCCAUCCUUUGACAUGGAGAACCUACAUCAGCUUUAUUGGCCUGCAUUCUAAUCUUAGAGGCAUAUGAAGAAACAUGGACAGAAAAGAAUGAAGGCAAUAAAAGGGGGUUGGGUUUUCUUGUGCAUCCACUGGGCAGCAUUAGAGGAUGUUAAGUACAGGAGAAAGAAUUUUCAGUUAUUUUCUGGGAACAC